UUCUUUUUUUUGCGUGUGUUCUCUCAUCAAGAUGCAGGCACAGUUUGCAUGUAUGCUACUCCUCUGUUUCACAUGUGGUGGACUUUGUACAGACGUCGACCAGGAGCAGCGAGCGCUAGAAGAGGAGCUACUCAGCAGUCUCUUCACUUCUAAGAUGAAACAGAAUAAGCAGAGUGCCCCCUACUGGCGCGUGUCACUGGCCAACCUGUGUAGGAUGGUGAGCAGCCUGCAGCAGGAGGCGUGGAGCGGCGAGGAGGAGGAGGGCGGUGAGCUGAGGGAGGGGAGCAUCCAGCUGCUGGAGGAGCUGUACAGCCUGCAACACAUCUGCCGAGCACUGCAGAGCCGGGAGGAGAGGCUACUCCACAACUCUCUAGAAUAUUUAGAGGAGAGCAGUGACGCUCCGCUGAAACGAAAAUCACCUUACAUCCUGAAGAGGCAAGUGGCGCACACCACCAAGUCCCGGAGGCCGUACAUCUUAAAACGAAGUACAAUUUACUGACAACCGUCUCUGAGACCGAGGUGACGUUUUAGGGGACCGGACCGUAUACUUUCAGUGAAGACGUGAUUGUGUUUUUUUCUCUCUCUCUUCUCGUAGCUGCAAUGUUUUUUCUUUCCCCGUUGUUGUUUUUAAUCCAGUCAGACCCUUCGAUUGUAGGCUAUGUCCAACCACGAGGCCCGCCUGUAAUCUGCUCCUUUCAAGUGUGAGUCCUGACAAUAAA